CACCUCGCAGGCGCAGCCCGCCCCGCGGCGCCCGCAUUCUGGAGCCUUCCGCGGCUGCCGUUACUGCCCGCGGACGGGGACAAAAGCGGGCGCGUGCCCCGGCCCUAUACCCCCGCGGGCGAGGCGCAGCAAUUCGGCGUGCGGCUGCCUUGUUCCAUUGUCUGGGCCUGCGAGGGAGGGAGGGAGCGAGUGUGCGCGAGAGUGCUCCGGGCGGCGGCCGUGAGAUCUGUGCGCGCGGUCGGGGCCGUGGGAGGAGGCGAUGGCGUCUUUCGUCGCCGUGCUGGUGGCAAUCAUGGUCGUGGCGCUGGUGGCGGUGAUGCGGCGCGCGGCCGCGAGGAAGGAGGACGCGGAGAGGACGGCCUGGCUCGCGGCGGAGCAGGCCCAGUUCGCGGAGCGCGACGCGUUCUACUACUAUGAUCACCACGCCGCGCCUCACUGGACGGCGCCGGACACGACUCAGUGGACGGCGCCGCAGGUGGCCUGGCCGCCGGUCAACCAGGUGGCGGCGAUGCGGCUGGCCUGGCCGCCGGUCGAACAGAUGGAGGCACCGCCGGUGGCUUGGCCGCCGGUCGAGCAGGCGGCGGCGUCGCAGGUGGAUUGGCCGCCGGUCAAGAAGGUGGCCGCGCCGCAGGUCGUCUGGCCGCCGGUCUUGAAGGUGAUGGCGCCGCAGGUGGCCUGGCCACCGGUCGAGCAGGUGGCUUGGCCGCCGGUCGAUCAGGUGGCGGGGCCUGAGGUGGCCUGGCCGCGGGACGAACAGGUGGCAGCGCCGCGGCUCGAACAGGAGGAACAUGAGGCGGCGACGGAGCCUAUGCUAGCGGCGGCGGCGGGGAAGAAAGGGCCGUGUGCGGUGUGCCGGACGCCGACUACGUUCAGGUGCAAGCGCUGCAAGAGCGUCAAGUAUUGCGCCGUCAAAUGUCAGAUAGCUCACUGGAGACAAGGACACAAAGAUGAAUGCCAUCCACUCAGUGCUGAUGCUAGAGAAGACACCACAAUAAAAGCUUCUUCCACGAAGAAAAUUGAACGCACUAGCUCAGAUGAAGAAAGUGUGGUGACCGGAGUCGAGCAAGCAGUUGAAAGCAAGGAGAUGCCCCUUGAGAAGGCGUCCAAUACGUCAGAGGCUUCUCAGCAUGAUGGCGCAGAGUUCACAUUUCCUCAGGUUACAGGACAUGCUGAAUCUGCUGACUGUUCGGGUUCUCCAACUUUUGGUAAAUCGUGCAAAGUCGAGGGCGCUUCCGUUAUUGAAAAUGGCUCUCACACUCAGAUUCCGGUAGCGUGUGAUCCAUCUGAAAAGGCUGAUGAUCUUCCUGAAUCCUCUGUUAAAUCAGAGAUCAGAGUUGUGGUGCCAGAUAAUCUACCAACGACGAAAAGUUUGAUCAGGCAACAAACUGCUCCAACAGUCGUGAGGCACUAUCCAUCGGAAUCGAUGUGUCAGACACUUUUUCCGUAUGAACUUUUCGUCAAGCUCUACAACUUUGACAAGGUGGAAUUGCGUCCUUUCGGUCUUUGUAACCUUGGGAAUAGUUGCUAUGCAAAUGUCGUGCUUCAGUGUUUGGCCUUUACCCGACCACUUACAGCGUACUUUCUCGAGGGGCUUCAUUCAAAAAAAUGUUCCCAAAAGGAAUGGUGCUUCUUAUGCGAGUUUGAAAAACUGAUUGUGGAGGGUAAGCAAGGACAGUCUCAAUUAUCACCUACUGGAAUACUCUCACAUUUGUCUGACAUCGGAAAUAGCUUUGGCCCGGGUAAAGAGGAAGACGCUCAUGAGUUUCUCAGGUACGCAAUUGAUACUAUGCAAUCUGCUAGCAUGAAGGAAGCCAAUGCAAAUGGUGCCCAUAAGUUAUCUGAAGAAACAACACUGAUUCAGCUAAUGUUCGGGGGCUAUCUACGAUCUAAGAUAAAAUGCACAAAGUGUGGGGUCAGUUCAGAACAUUGCGAGCGUAUUCUGGAUCUUACUGUGGAAAUAGAUGGGGAUAUCAGUACUCUUGAAGAAGCACUUCAUCGAUUUACAUCUUCAGAAGUCUUAGAUGGCGAUAAUAGAUACCAUUGUACCAGAUGCAAGACGUAUGAACGUGGCAAAAAGAAGUUGACAAUAUCAGAAGCACCAAAUAUCCUGACUAUUGCACUGAAAAGAUAUCAGUCUGGUAUGUUUGGCAAGAUUAAUAAAGCCAUCAGGUUCCCGGAGUACUUGAAUUUGUCUAGCUACAUGAGUGCAACAGAUGAUUGUUCCCCUGUGUACAGGCUCUAUGCUGUGGUUGUCCAUCGUGAUGUUAUGGAUUCAUCCGUUUCUGGUCAUUAUGUAUGUUAUGUCAAGGACUCGCAGGGGAAAUGGUACGAAAUGGAUGACAGCCAGGUGAAACGUGUUUCUCUGAAAAAUGUCCGGUCGGAGUGUGCAUAUAUGCUGCUUUACGCAAGGUGUUCGCCACGGGCUCCGAGGUCUCUAAGGAAAUUGAUUAUUGGUCAAGGCCUAUCACACACAAAAAAAGCUAGGAAGACAACAGAUCCAGAACCAACUUGCUCGGAAGGACAGAGUUACUUUAGCAGGCAUCAAGGUGCGCAAUCGCAGUCUUGCAGGGAUCAUGCAGUGAAUGGCCACACCUACAGGCUGGUUAACAACACAUUGAACCCAGUAUUAGAGUCCACAAGUACAAGCGAGGAUUCUUCGUUGUUCAGCCAUUCUGAUGCAGGUUCAAGCGGCAAUUUAAGCAGCGAUAACACUGACAGCACAACGAACCCAGGCGGCAGCAAGGAGUAUGCUUACAUAUCUGGAAGCUCGGAUCAAAUGCACCCAUUAAGCAGAGUGGUUUCGCCUCAGGAGCAUUCCCGCCAGAUGUCCAGCUUGAACCCUAGCUCUUCAACUCAAUAUGCUGAUCAAGGUGAGGUUGAUAAGCUGCAGCAGCUCAAGCAUCAGGCAAGCAAAGGGGUUUGGGAUGAGGGCUGUGAGGGCCCAGCCUUCUUCUAUGUUGACCAAGGUGGCCUGUAUGGAUGGCAGGACCCAGGAUCGAUACAGUGCCCAUCUCAUUUAGCACAGAAGACAGGAGUGGAGAUCUAACGUCUUGGGGGUAGGAACGUCGCCGACGAAACGAACUGUCAAGGGCUUCAAACAGGAGUUCUCUGAAAUUCGUUCAAGGACAUUUCCAUUUCUGCUUGGUGUUCCUGCACCCAAGUUUUUCGCUAGGUGGAGUGAGAACUUUGAACUAUAUAUAUAAGUUUUUUUUUUGACAGAGAGAAACCUAACAAUAAUCUUGGGGGUGUAAACUUGGCACCUAGUAGCUCCUGGUAUAUAGUAAUGUAAGAAGUUCACAACAAU